AUGAAGACAAUGCAUCAUUCUCAAUUUCCAAAGGACUCAGAGUUUGAUAUGGAGCUGUUUAAUACUGUUUCGACAGAGACAACUCAGGUCAUUCCAGAGCCCGUACAACAUUUAUUGGAUAAGUUCUCAGGAGUUUUUGCAGAACCAAAUCAGUUGCCGCCUCGGAGAGAAAGAGAGCACGCUAUAAAUCUCAUAGCAGGCGCUGGUCCAAUAAGUGUCCGUCCUUAUCUUAUCCACAUGCAUAUGAAGAAGAGAUGGAGCUUUGUGCUGGUUUUCUUCCAUAAUAUUCUUGUGUUCAGCGGUUGA